ACGGCAUCUGCUCGCAAACGCAUCGUGCAGACAGCUCGAAAAACUUGACAAAAAAGGAAACAUUUUCGAAUUAAAGCAGCAAUCGUUGAAAUAAAAAUUGUAAAUUAUAUUUUGUGCAAUCUGAAAAACAAGUUAUUCAAUAUUACUUAAUAAAACUUACUAUUUGAAAAGUAUCAGAAAUUUAGCGUUCCAAAAAAGUGACGCGCUCAAGUACAAAAAUAAUACAAAUCAAAGCGUUCUGUUUAUUUAAAUUACAAAGGAAAUAUAUAAAUCUAUCAAGAUGGCAAGCGCAGCACUGAAAAUGCUUUUGGACGAGAAUGCAUCGGAGAAAUAUAACCAAGUGCAUGUGAAGAAAAUGACAGUGCCUACAAACGAGGCAACCAAAAAACGCGCCGCUUUGGGCGAUUUGCAGAACCGCGGCAUCAAUCGUGCAGUCAUCGCUGCCAAGGAUGUGGCACAAAAAGAGCUGAAGGAUGUAAAGUUGACGAAAGCUCGCGUGGACACGCACUGGAAGAAGCAGCCGCUGGGUGUGAACAAUGAAAACAAUGCGGCGGCGCCUGUGGUGAAGACAACUGGUCCACUGCUGCGCUCCAAUUCCGUGCGCACCAAUGUUGCCGCAGCUGGUGUCAUGUCCCGGCAGCUGGCCGCAAACGCGUUGCACGCCACUCGCGUUGCAGCAGCAGGAACGACAACGACCACAGUGCUCAAUGCGCAAAGCAAACUUGCUGCAGCAGCUAAGCAACAGAAACCCGUUGCCGAAGAGAAGGUGAACACGCUGCGUCGCGAGGACAGCAACUUGUCGCGCAAAUCCUUGACCAAGUUGCGCGCUGCACUCGCCAAGCCCAACAAUGUGGCCAAAAAGGAAACAUCUGUGGUAGCCAAGCCCAAUGUGGCAGCAGCUACUGCUAUAGUGGCCAAGAAAGAAGUGUUGCUGAAGCCUGCCGUGCUCAAGAAGGAGCAAGCGCCGCUGGUGCUGAUCUCGCCCAACAAGCUUCGUAAACCAGCCGCAACUGCAACAACUGUGGCAGCUGCCACACAGCCAACGACAGCAGUGUCGCACUCCACCAAACGUUUGGCGGAGGUGGAAGAUAUCGAUGCGGAUGAUCAUGACAAUCUGAUCUUGGUGUCAGAGUAUGUCAAUGAUAUCUAUGACUAUCUGUAUCAGCUAGAGGAAGAGCAGCCGGUUCAUUCGAAUCAUUUGGCCAACCAAGAGGAGGUGUCGUUCAAGAUGCGAUCGGUGCUCAUCGAUUGGAUCAACGAGGUGCACUUGCAGUUCCAUUUGGUGGCCGAAACCUUCCAUCUGGCCGUUGCUAUCAUCGAUCGCUAUCUGCAGGUAGCCAAGGACACCAAGCGCAAGUAUUUGCAGCUGGUUGGUGUCACGGCUCUCUUCAUUGCCACCAAGUACGAGGAACUCUUUCCGCCAGCAAUGGCGGACUUUGUGUUCAUCACUGAUGAUACUUACACGGCUCGCGAGAUUCGAUUGAUGGAGCUGCAGAUCCUCAAGGCAAUCGACAACAAUCUGUCGCGUCCGUUGCCCAUUCACUUCUUGCGUCGUUACUCGAAGGCGGCUUGUGCCGAGGAUGCUCAUCACGCCAUGUCCAAGUACUUCUUGGAGCUGGCAGCCAUGGACUACGACCUGGCCAGCUACAAGCCAUCAGAGAUUGCAGCCGCUUCUCUGUUUUUGUCGCUGCACUUGCUCAAUGGCAAUGCCAGAGCUGGCACGGGAUUCAACAACAAGCACUGGACACCCACGCUGGAGCACUAUUCCCAUUACACUGCGCAGCACCUGCGGCCGAUAACGUGUCAGAUCGCCAGGUUGGCGCGUGAGGCGCCCACGGCCAAGUUGCGGGCCAUCUACAACAAGUAUCAGGCCAACAAGUUCCAGAAGAUUGCGCUGCGCUCUGAGUUAUACGGUCCACUCAUGGACUCCAUUGUGGGGGCUGUUAGCAAGAAGUAGAGCGAGAGCGAUUCUCCCCCAUCUACGAUCAUGCAAGACUUUCUUUAGUUUGUGCAGCUUUCGACUGCACUUUUUAGUUCAAUUUGUUUAAUAAUUUAAAUUUGUGUAUUUUUCGUUUUCUUCGUGUUCCAACAUCAAUCAUAUAUAUGUGUGUAUGUCUUUACGUGUGAGUGAUUGCAAUAAUGAUCGAUAAUCGAUAACUACGAAUUUUCAUGUAAUUUUUGCGUUUGUGUCGUCGCCGUUUUUUAAGGCGAUCACUAGCAAAGGCAGCCAGCCCCGCCCCCUUUCCACCUUUUCAAAUUCACUCUUCACUUUUCCCCUUAAAUUAAUACUGCUGCUCUAUAUAUGUUCUGUAUAUGUAUGUAUGUAUGUAAUGUGUUAAAAUCCUGCGAGUAAGAAAGAUAUAGAGAGAGAGAAACGGACACUGAGAGCACCAAGGAG